CUUGAGUUCCCAAUCUGAGCAAAGCAGCCUGCUGGACUUGUCCUGUAACGUAACUCCAGAAAGCUUUCUAUUGAAGCCAAACCCUGGGAAAGAUGAUUUACCGCCAUCCCCAGCAGUUGAUGCAGUUUUCAGGCAUCCAUAAUUGGAAGAGGCUCUGGAGGCUGCAAAAACAAGGAUUGGUGGUCAUUUGUGGUUAUUUCCUGACCGAGUCCAGUAGUCAGCUUUUCCCAGGGCUGGCUGCCAAAGCCAAUAUCACUCUGUGGCCUUGUCUCCGUGAGAGGGCAGAGCCUACCAGCUGCAAGAAUACAGAGCACCUUCAACCUAGUGCAAUUGGCGUUCAUGAGCAAAGGGAAGAAGGAGAAUCCACACUUAGAAAAUCUCUGGACAUGUUCUACAGUACUUGGUGCCAGAAGAAGCCAUUUGGAGGGAGUCCAAUAUAUGAAUCAACUUCACAGUGUCUGUCUCGUAAGACUGCAGAUCUUGCAGGCAAAGAGGGAAUGAAAUUUACAGUGAAGAGUCUCCAAAUUGCUCAAAUGGUUUUGAACCGAGAGGAGAAUAAAAUCUUUCCUCAGCCUCCCAGCAACCACAUCUCCUUUUUGACUCCUGUCAAUGCUGGUGCUGGUUCAGAGAAAGGAAAGGCAAUCCCUGGACUCUCAGAUGAUAUCCUUCAAUUUAUCUUAAAACAGAAUGUAACUAAAUGACUCUGGGACUGAAAGUAUUUCUAAAAUCUAAGAACUGAGAAGAUUUUUUUUAGCUAGGGAAUGAAUUGUUAACAGCAGCUUGAUAAAACCAAGAGUAUAAAGAAGGCAUGAUUAAACUGUAAAAUGCCAUAAAACAAUUGCUUUUACUUAUAAGUAUCCUUCAUGUCAUGUCAGUGAUUGAAGAGUAGGUUUUGUCUGUGCAAAAAAAGGCUUGUGAAUCAGACCCGUGGUCCACCCCGUCCAGAAUUAUCUAUUUCAACUGGCAGUAACUCUCCAAGGUUCAAGCCCAAUUCUACCUAGCUUCGCCAGCGGAGAUCUUUUACUUUUUAUACUAGUAUGUGCAUGCCAUAUAAGAGGGCUGUGCAGUGCUUCAGUGUAUCCUGACUGCAACUCUUCUUUUCCUUCCAAGAAUAGAACUGCUUGCAUCAGUUAGCAUGAUAUAAAUUGGGGUAGUAUGCACCCUCUUCCUUUCCGUGUUUUGCAGACAGUGUAAAUACACUGACAAACGACAAAAUGUAAGACCUAGAGAAAUGUGUUUGUAUGUGUUUUUAUGUAUAAGAUCUUGUUGAAUCUGAUGCAUUCAAGAGUAUCUCAUUAAGAGGGAACAGAAAGCUUGGACUACCACCUUUGUCACUGGGCAGUUCCACAGAAUGGCCUACCCCAGGCUUUGGGCCCCUCCUCCUUCAACUUUAUUAAUACAGUUAGCUCUAAAUUAGAACCUGUGACAGCUGACUGCAAAAACAAGUGCCUUUUAAAAACCUUUCCUUUUUGUCUUCAUAAUAGGAGUAUCUUUUUUUAGGUAAGUAUCUUGGGGCUAUCUGUCUGAACAAUUUUAACAAGAGCCAAUAGAUUUGCGUCAACUUAAAAUACUUUUGAAGGCUAACUGUUUUGGCUGUUCUGCUUCAGCGUUGUUCUGUUUGUUGUGGGAGGUUUAUUUUAAAGAGACAGCGGUGUUCAGUUCAUUGGCUGAUUCAAAGAGCAUAUUUGUUUUUUACAACUGUAGCUCAUUUUUCCUAGGGCUACCAUACCUCAGCUUCAAGAAUACAGACAACUGCUAGAUGGCAGAUUUUUGGAGGGAGGUAUCUCUUUACUGGGGUCUAGUGAUGUCCUGGUUCUUGCAGCCCAGAUAUGGUAACCCAAAAUGUUCUGAUCUAUAAUCCUGACAUUUGCUUGUAUUAAGAGCACAUUAUAUUAUGCUGGAGAUGAUGCACAUUAUCAUAUAUGAUGGUUAUGCCCUUUUGGUCUCAAGUAUUUUGUGAAAUUUGAAAAAGUUGAGGACCAGUGUAGGGUUUGUACCUAAAGAGAAAACUAUAUUUUCCACUCAGGAAUGUAUUGAAUAAAGACUUAGUAUUAAUAAUACUAAUAAUUAAUUAAUUAAUAUUAUUAGUAUUAUAUUAUUAAGAAUAACCCUCUGGGGGAGAUGGGCGGCAUACAGAUUUGAUAAAUAAAUAAAUAAAUAAAUAACUGAUGGGCUAAUCAUUACUAAUCAUUAGAAAUCAUGAGACUUUUCUCUCCAUAGUUGGUACUCAAAUAUAUUGGAUAGUAUCCUGACAAAGUAGUAUAUGCAGUAACACAAGGCAAAAGAAAAGUCUAUUAACUGGGAUUGUUUUGAAAAAACAUAAUUCCCUUUUUUAAAAUUAGCUAACAAAGCAAUACAUGAUACAUUUCCAUUAGUUACUCAAAUACCUUUCUAGAGAUUUGAUAAAAUAUAAUAAUAGGGACUUCACAUAUGGUUUAUGAAGGUAAAAUCUGUGGUUGUGGUUUUUUUUUUCUAGGAAGCUCUUGGCCUCUUUUCCUUCACGGACAAAGCUUAAUUACAAAAUGUGUGAGUUGAUUUAGAUUCUGCUAAAGGUCUAAGAUACUCUGCUCCUAAAUUCUUCUACUGUCAAAUUACCCCUGAUCUAAUGGCAGGGCUCCCUUCCUCCACUCAUAUUAAACCGCAGCUUGAGGAAGGAUAUUUGCCCAUCAUGGUUCCAACCCUGAUAAGAUAUUCCAGCAGUCACUCUUAAAGUUUAGAAAACAAGCACACCUCUUGGACUUUGUAUAUAUGAAUCAUCCCUGCAAAGAUUUGUCACCUAUCAGUGACAAAGCAAAAAGUACUGGCUUAAACUAGAGAAAUACAGGAAAACUAAAUUAAAAUUCUGGCAGUACAAUCCUAUACAUGUUUAUUUGGGGGGUAAGUGUCACUGUAUUUUAAGUGUGCUAUAGAUUGUAGCUUUCACAACUCAUUCACCAGGAAGACUCACCCUCGUAGUCCAUUACAACACAAUAUUCAAUGUCCACUCUGAGAUAUACCCAUCUAAAGUAAAUGGGACUUAGCUUUCCCUAACCGGGGGCCUUCCAAAUGUGUGGGAUUCCAGCUCCCAAAUUCCCAGCCAAUGGUUGGGGAAGGCUGUUUUAAAGCUUCUAAACUGUUCUCUGCCUCUCUCCCCCACCAACUCUUAAAUAUCCUAUAGACAUUGCCAAAGUAUUGGUGCCCCUCCACUUUUCCCCCAAAGAAUCCCAAUUUGCCGUGAAAUAAGUUGAAACUGACACAAUUAAGUGGCAUCCACCAUUCUUUAUUCCAUAGAGCAGAUAUUUUGCUUUUGGUGUAUGUAAAUAAUAAAUGAAAAUGGCAUGGACAUAAUUAUUUUUGGACAUGGUACCCCUAACCUAAUAUUUCGCAGCACACUCUUUUGAGGCAAUAAUUGCAGUCAAGUGCUUUCUGUAGCUCUGAAUAAGAUUUCUGUACUUUUCAACUGGCAAUUUGUCCCAUCAUCUUGAGCAAACUGAUCCCGUUGCCUUCUCCCAAUGGUGAGUUUCAGCUCUUUCCAUAGAUGUUCUAUUGGAUUCAGAUCAGGACUCAUCACAAGCCACUUCAGAAUAGCCCAGUGUUUGCUCUUCAAUCAUUUUUGGGUUCUCUUAAUUAUAUAUUUUGGGUUAUUAUCCUGCUGGAGGAUCCAUGACCUGCGACUGAAACAGCUUUCUAACACUGGGCAUUGUUUCACUCCCAAAUGCCUUGAUAAUCUUCUGAUUCCAUUGUGCCCUGAACAGAUUCAAGGCCCCCUGCCUCUCUCCCCUGCUCAGCCUUAUUCAGAGCUACAGAAAGCACUUGAAGCAAAGUGUCUGCUUUAUGGACUAUGGACUAAAGAAUGGUGGAUGCCAUUUGCUUGUGUCAAUCUCAGCUUAUAUCACAGCAAAUUGGGAUUCUUUGGGGAAAAAGUGUAGGGGUACCAAAACUUUUGGCCGUGUCUGUAGAUCAUUUCCAGUACUGCAGAAAGUACUUAUUUUCACAUUUAUUUGAACCAUAUAUAUGGCUGCCCAACUCAAAGCUGUGAUUCUAGGUGACAGAGAGAGAAAAAGAGCUUCACGGAAACAAAGGAUUGCUGUUGCCAUUCUUCCUGCCAGUGUGUGUUCUGAUGAAAAAGACAGUCAUCCCCCUUUCUAUUUCUGCCCUCGCAGUUUUCAACAUUUUAUAAUACAUGAACAUGCUGCAGCAUAUGGUUUCUGAAGGGCACAUAGAACCUUGCAAGUUUUGUAAAUGUAUCCCUUUUGUUGUUAAGUGUGACAGUUAUCGCUGGUUAUGUUAAAAAUAGACCUUCCAUUAGAUCAUAAUAGAGUUGCUAUUUUAAUGAUUGGCUUAUGUGUUCAUUGAUGGUGGAUACCAAACCUUGGCAAGAAUAAUUGGUUCUGAAGCUGUGCAUGUUAAACUGAGAAUGGAGCUUAUUAAAAUUAGAAAUCUAAAUGCUUUGUAGUGAACUAGUGUUUCAGAAGUAGUGUUGAUGUGGACUCCUGAUUGUGUCAGAGCUCUGAUGUAGCCCUUGGCAUUGUAGAAUUUAAAAAAGGUUGUAGAAGAAACUUAAUCCAACCCUUCAUCAGAAUAAUGUGAAAUGAUGAUUUCCCACUCACUAGUUCUCAUCCUGCCUCUUGUUGCAGAGCAGAUCAAGUUGGGGCCACUUUUGAUAACUCUUCAGAUAUAUGAAGACUACUAUCAUUAUAGCCUUUUCCCAGUGUGCUGGUGGUGUUUAACACUGGUCCUUGGUGACAGUUCAGUGUUUUUUUUAGGUAUUCUCAGAAAUAUGGAUUGCAGUAUCAAUGCAACACAUCUCUAAUUUCACUAGAGGUUUGAACUCUAUGUUCAGGAAGUCAAGGAAAACAUCAUUCUUGGGUAGAUUAGCAGGAAGCUGAAACUAUUAGCAGAUUUCUUUCCAUGUUCUCCCAGGGACUCAUUUACUUCAUUCUCCUGCAUUAUCCCAUUUUGCUGGCCUGCUGGCCUGUUAUCCUAUUCCUUGCCUGCCAUUUACCUUGAAUCACCAACUCAGUAUGGUGUGAUGGUUACAAUGUUGGACUGGCACUGGGGAGUCCCAAUUUCAAGUGCACCCUCAGCCCCAGAAGUUGCCUGGGUGACUUUGGACCAAUCUCUCUGGUUCUCAGAUCAACCUUCCUCACCCAGAGUUGUUGGGAGUCAGGCACUAUGUAAAUCUAAUAAAAUAGGAAUGAGUUCUAUGUAUGUUAUAUUGAG